AUGCAUUCCUCUGAGAUUUCAGGAAACCCAACAAACCCUUUGAAGAGAAGUUUUGAAACGAUGAUUUAUGAUUCAUCUAAUAGCCAACAACCCAGGCCCUCGGAAGACGUGAUUAUUCCCCAAACAAAUUUGUCACCCAGAGAGUAUCAGUUGGAUGUGUUUAAUGUGGCUAUGCGGCGUAAUACCAUAGCUCAUCUGGACACCGGCGCCGGAAAAACAAUGAUCGCCGUAAUGAUCAUCAAACAAGUUGCACUUUCUCUUAAAAAUCAACUAUCUGAAAAGAAACUGAUGAUCUUCUUGGCCCCAACUCGUAAUCUUGUUGAACAGCAAUGUAAGGUUCUUAGGGAAAACACAGAUCUUAUGGUUGAUUUUUACCAUGGGACUAAAGUGGGUGUUGGUAAAAAUAUCGAUGGAAAGAAGGUUGAUGAAUGGGAUGCUUCCAUUUGGGAACACGAGACAAGUAAAAAUCAAAUAAUGGUUAUGACUCCUCAAAUUUUGUUGGAUUCCUUGAGGAAUGCGUUUGUGAACUUUGAAAGAAUAUGUUUAUUGAUUAUUGAUGAGUGUCACCGAGCUACUGGUAAUCAUCCUUAUGUAACCAUAAUGAAGGAAUUUUAUCUCAAAGCUGUUGACAAGCCAAAAGUAUUUGGCAUGACUGCAUCCCCUGUAACUAAAAAGGCUGAGAACGUGAGUAGCAGGGCACACAUUGGUGGUGGAUGUGUCUCUUCGACUGAAGACUGUGAAGCACAAAUGACAAUGCUUGAAAGCAUGUUGGAUUCUCGGGUUUACACAAUAAGAAACAGGACAGAGCUGGAGAAUGUCACCCCAUCUGCCUCACAUUCCUAUUGUUUCUAUGAGCCAUCUAAGGUUUCUCAUUCAGAACUAAAAGCUAAACUGGAAUCCUCAAGAUUUAAGUUUGAAGCACAACUGCUGGAGUUGCAAGUGUCGCUACAAAGUAAUUACAAAGAUACCGAUGAAAAACAUGAAAUUCUAAGAAAGAGGUUGUCUAAUGAUUACACUAAGGUUGUUUAUUGUCUUGAUGAGUUGGGGCUUUUGUGUGCUUAUGAGGCUGUUAAAAUUUGUAUAGAGCAUGCCCCCAAAGCUGUAGAAGAAUGUGAUUUUUUCAGAAAAGCUGCUCACAAUGUUUUUAUUUCCUUGAGGAAGCUUUGUCUAUCAUUGGGGAAUCUUUGCCAAAUGGCCAUGAACAUAUAUUUGAUGCUGGAUGUGAUUAUAAGAACAUGGUUGCAGCUGGUUAUAUCUCACCAAAACUAUAUCAAUUCUUGCAACUUUUCCUGUCAUUUGGGUAAUUAA